AAUCGAAUCUAAAAUGAAAUUGAAAAGUUCGGAUUAAAAGUUUCCCUGAUGCCCUCUAAAAGUGCUAAGAGUUAAACCUAGAAUUGAAGAAGUUUACUGAGGAAACGGAGGAAAGAAGGGAAAACCUUAAAGACAAAGAGAACAAAUCAGAUUAAAAUAAAACCAAAAAUAAAAUCAAAAGCCAACGCGUGCCCCGACAACAUGGAGGCGGCACGACGUGGCUUGAGGUUCAGUCCUCAAAGACUCAAAGGAAUUCAAGUUGCUGCCUGCCUACUCUUCAUAUGCCUGACCCUCCGACUGAGUCAAGCGGAGGACCUUCACUCGUCGACAGGUUUCACAGGUCUCACAGCAGAAAAUGCUGCGCGAAUGUUGGCCGGAAGUCCAAGUGAAUCCCUGUCAUCAGCCACAUCGUCGUCCUUCUCGCCCUCGCAUCAUCAGCAUCAUAGUGAGAUGUCAUUGGUGCUGCCGCAUGACACUUAUCCUGGCUUCAGUAUUAAGAAGUUUAAAACUCAUCCAGUUAAGAUGAAUGCAUCAUCAUCGGCUGCAUAUCAUAUGCUGGAUUCGGAUUAUUCCAAAUAUUUUACUGUAUUGGAAGAUGGUGUUGUAAUGACCACCUCAGAUAUUUCACCAUUGGUAAAUCGUCCUGUCCAAUUGGUCGUGGUCGAAGAGACUCCCAAUGCAACGAAUACACAUAAUUUGCAAUUGUUUGUCAUGCAUCGAAAUGACAUGUUGAGAUUUUCGGGUUCUCUACUCGAUGCCAGUGGUGAAGUGCGUGAGAAUCAACCAUCUGGCACUCGUGUGCGUGGAGUACCUCUAAUGCAGGCAUUCAGCGGCUCCGUUUCGGAAGAGGAGUCCGCCAAACCCAAGAAAAUCAAGUACACAAUAAUCGAUGGCAAUGUCAAUGAGGCAUUUGCCCUGCAGGAGCGUAACUCAAAUCAGCAGGAUGCCAAAACUUUGGUCAUUGAUGGCAACUCAAACAGUCCAGACAAUGAAGAGGAGUCCGGUGUUUGGCUUGUCACAAAUCGUCCGUUGGAUAGAGAGGAACGCUCACACUAUGAUCUCUCAGUGGAGGCAUCUGAUUUGGAUGGUUUGGACAAGACAGUUUCCAAAAUUGCCAUAACUAUUCUGGAUGAGAAUGAUAAUCGUCCCAUCUUUAAGUCUCUGGACUAUAAAUUUGCUUUGGCUGGCCAGAAAGCAACAAACAUUGAUUCAAAUACUUCCAAUGCCGUGACCUAUCAACGCUUUGCCAUUAUGGGUCGUGUAGAGGCCACCGAUUUAGAUGGGGAUAAAAUUGCCUAUCGCCUCAAGACACCCAACAAUGUUGUUAUUAUGGUACCUCAGACUGGUGAAAUUAUGUUGGCCGGCGAGCCAACCUCAAAUGAAAUGCUUUUAGAGGUCCUGGCCCAUGAUCUAAGAUAUCCUAGCCUACUAAGUGCUCAACCGGCUAAAGUUCUAUUGGAGUUCCUGGCACCCGAACCAGUGUCCUUCAUAAUGCAGCACUUGGAGCAUGAUGAGGUGAAUGAGCACUCCCAUCAUCGUGAGAAACGACGAGUGACUAGAGCAGUAAGACCCACCAAACGCAUUGAAUUCACUGAAGCCGAUGGCGAUACCGAGGGCAAGAGUGUUUUCCAGUUGGAGAAGGAAACGGAUAAAGAAACAUUUAAAAUUCGCGAUGACAAUCCUUGGGUUACAGUGGAAACAAAUGGCGCUGUUCGCGUGAAAAAGAAGUGGGACUAUGAGGAAUUGGGUCCAGAGAAAACUAUCGAUUUUUGGGUUAUCAUCACCAACAUGGGACACAAUGCUGGCAUCAAGUAUACGGAUAAUCAGCGUGUCAUAAUUCUCGUCAAGGAUGUUAACGAUGAGCCACCAUAUUUCAUUAAUAGACCUUUGCCCAUGCAGGCUGUGGUGCAAUUGAAUGCCCCACCAAAUACGCCAGUCUUUACACUACAGGCACGUGAUCCUGACACUGAUCAUAAUAUACACUAUUUCAUUGUACGUGAUCGAACCGGUGGACGUUUUGAGGUCGAUGAACGGUCAGGUGUGGUGCGUACUCGUGGCACCGAUCUAUUUCAAUUGGAUAUGGAAUAUGUGCUAUAUGUCAAGGCAGAGGAUCAGAAUGGCAAAGUCGAUGAUCGUCGCUUUCAGAGCACUCCCGAGGAGCGGCUAUCGAUAGUCGGUGGCAAGCGGGCUCCACAGUUCUAUAUGCCCAGCUACGAAGCUGAAAUACCAGAGAAUCAGAAAAAGGACUCCGACAUUAUUUCGGUUAAAGCCAAAUCGUUUGCUGACCGCGAGAUACGCUACACAUUAAAGGCUCAGGGUCAGGGACAGGGCACAUUUAAUAUUGGACCCACGUCGGGUAUUGUCAAACUGGCCAAGGAAUUGGAUUUCGAGGAUUUACGUCAGCCACAUGUCUACUCAUUGAUUGUGACAGCCACAGAGGAUUCUGGUGGUUUUUCGACAUCUGUUGAGCUCACAAUUCGUGUCACGGAUGUCAAUGAUAAUGCACCGAAAUUUGAAUUGCCCGACUAUCAGGCCCAUAAUGUCGAUGAGGAUAUUCCAUUGGGAACAAGUAUUUUACGAGUCAAAGCAACGGAUGCCGAUUCAGGGGCCAAUGCUGAAAUUGAAUACCUUGUCUCGGAUGAUCAUUUUGCUGUGGAUUCCAAUGGCAUAAUCGUGAAUAACAAACAACUCGAUGCCGAUAACAAUAAUGCCUACUACGAGUUCAUUGUGACGGCAAAGGAUAAAGGAGAACCAGCCAAAUCGGGCACAGCCACAGUUCGUGUCUAUACUAAAAACAAAAACGAUGAGGAACCGAAAUUCUCGCAACAAGUCUACACCCCAAAUGUAGAUGAGAAUGCUGGACCGAAUACUUUGGUGACCACUGUUGUGGCCUCCGAUAAAGAUGGUGACAAUGUACGCUUUGGUUUCGUUGGCGGCGGCACUUCCUCGGGACAAUUCGUCAUCGAGGAUAUUACGGGUGUCAUACGUCUGCAUAAUAAGGCUAUAUCUUUGGAUCGCGAUAAAUAUGAACUGAAUGUCACUGCCAUGGAUGAUGGCUCGUGUUGUGUGAAUGGCGAUCAAACUAUACACACCUCCACAGCUGUCGUUGUGGUUUUCAUUACCGAUGUCAACGACAAUAAGCCAGUAUUUAAGGAUUGCGGCACUUACUAUCCCAAAGUUGAGGAGGGAGCUCCUAAUGGCAGUCCGGUGAUUAAAGUUGUGGCCACCGAUGAUGAUAAAGGUGUUAAUGGACAGGUGAAAUACUCCAUAGUUCAGCAACCGAAUCAAAAGGGCACCAAAUUCACUGUCGAUGAGGAGACAGGCGAAGUGUCUACCAACAAAGUAUUCGAUCGUGAAGGUGAUGAUGGAAAAUUUGUAUCCGUGACAGUGAAAGCAACUGAUCAGGGUGAUCCUAGCCUGGAAGGAGUUUGCUCAUUCACUGUAGAGAUAACGGAUGUGAAUGAUAAUCCACCACUAUUCGAUCGUCAGAAAUAUGUAGAAAAUGUGAAACAAGAUGCCAGCAUUGGUACAAAUAUCUUACGUGUCUCCGCUUCCGACGAGGAUGCCGAUAAUAAUGGUGCCAUUGUCUAUAGUCUAAGUGCUCCAUUUAAUCCCAAUGAUUUGGAAUAUUUCGAUAUACAAGCGGAAUCAGGAUGGAUUGUACUGAAGAAGCCCCUUGACCGCGAGACAUACAAAUUAGAGGCAAUGGCCCAAGACAAAGGCUAUCCGCCAUUAUCUCGUACUGUCGAGGUACAAAUCGACGUGGUCGAUCGGGCAAAUAAUCCGCCCGUUUGGGAUCAUACCGUAUACGGGCCCAUCUAUGUCAAGGAAAAUAUGGCCGUGGGCGGCAAAGUCGUCUCGAUCAAAGCCAGCUCGGGCAUUGAAGGCAAUCCGACAGUAUUCUAUAGGUUAAUGCCUGGGUCAACGGCGCAAACGAACAAAUUUCAUACAUUCUAUUUACAACAAAGACCGGAUAAUGGUGACACCUGGGCCGACAUAAAAGUCAAUCAUCCGCUGGACUAUGAAAGUAUCAAGGAAUAUAAUCUAACCAUACGUGUCGAGAAUAAUGGAGCCCAACAAUUGGCAUCGGAAGCUACCGUUUAUAUAAUGCUCGAGGAUGUUAAUGACGAAAUACCUUUAUUCACCGAACGGGAACAGGAAACGGUGCUCGAGGGCGAACCAAUUGGUACCAAAGUGACACAAGUGAAUGCCAUUGACAAGGAUGGCACAUUCCCGAAUAAUCAGGUCUAUUACUACAUUGUCGACUCGCCACGUAAUGAGGGCAAAGAGUUUUUCGAAAUUAAUUUACAAAGCGGUGAAAUUUUCACCAAGACCGUUUUCGAUCGUGAGAAAAAGGGCGCCUAUGCCUUGGAAGUGGAAGCUCGAGAUGGUGCACCCUCGGCUCGUCCGAAUAGCAAUGGACCCAAUUCAGUCACCAAAUUCAUACGCAUUGGCAUUGCCGAUAAAAACGAUAAUCCGCCCUAUUUCGACAAAUCGCUGUAUGAAGCCGAAGUGGAUGAGAAUGAGGAUAUUCAGCAUACAGUGCUCACUGUAACGGCUAAGGAUCACGAUGAGUCCUCACGUAUACGCUAUGAAAUUACCAGCGGCAACAUUGGCGGCGCUUUUGCGGUUAAAAAUAUGACUGGGGCCAUUUAUGUGGCCGGAGCAUUGGAUUAUGAGACACGACGCAGGUACGAAUUGCGUUUGGCUGCUUCCGAUAAUCUGAAGGAGAACUACACUACGGUUAUAAUUCAUGUGAAAGAUGUUAAUGACAAUCCGCCCGUAUUCGAGAGGCCAACAUAUCGUACACAGAUUACGGAAGAAGAUGAUCGAAAUCUACCCAAACGAGUGUUGCAGUACGAACUGAAAUUGGUUGCCUCGGAUAGUUUAAAUGAAAAUCAAACAACAAUCGUGAUUAAUGUACGCGAUGUCAACGAUCUGCCUCCGAAAUUCCCGCAGACAUCAUAUGAGCGUUCACUUGAUGAGGAAAUGCGUACACCCUUUACCAUAAUGCAGGUAACCGCCACCGAUGGCGAUAAGGAUCGUCCGCAGAAUAUUGUCUACUUCCUUACUGGCCAAGGCAUUGAUCCUGAUAAUCCAGCUAAUAGUAAAUUCGAUAUUAAUCGCACGACUGGUGAAAUUUUCGUUUUAAAGCCUCUGGAUCGCGAUCAACCGAAUGGACGUCCCCAGUGGCGUUUCACCGUCUUUGCCCAGGAUGAGGGUGGCGAGGGUCUCGUUGGCUAUGCGGAUGUCCAGGUCAAUUUGAAGGACAUUAAUGACAAUGCCCCCAUUUUCCCGCAAGGCGUUUACUUUGGCAAUGUCACCGAAAAUGGCACCGCCGGUAUGGUGGUAAUGACCAUGACAGCUGUGGACUACGAUGAUCCCAAUGAGGGUUCGAAUGCUCGGCUUGUCUAUUCGAUUGAGAAGAAUGUGAUUGAAGAGGAGACUGGCUCACCAAUAUUCGAAAUUGAACCAGAUACGGGAGUAAUUAAGACCGCUGUAUGCUGCUUGGACCGUGAAAGGACUCCGGACUAUUCGAUUCAAGUGGUGGCAAUGGACGGUGGAGGGUUAAAAGGGACGGGGACGGCCUCUAUUAGAGUCAAGGAUAUCAACGAUAUGCCGCCGCAGUUCACGAAAGAUGAAUGGUUCACCGAAGUGGAUGAAACCGAUGGCACUGCUCUACCCGAAAUGCCUAUAUUAACGGUAACAGUGCAUGAUGAGGAUGAGACCAAUAAGUUCCAAUAUAAGGUGAUCGAUAACAGUGGCUAUGGCGCCGAUAAAUUUACCAUGGUGAGGAAUAAUGAUGGCACAGGUUCCCUGAAGAUCGUUCAACCCCUGGACUAUGAGGAUCAAUUGCAAAGCAAUGGCUUCCGUUUCCGCAUCCAAGUGAACGAUAAGGGAGAGGACAAUGAUAACGAUAAGUACCAUGUGGCCUACUCAUGGGUGGUGGUCAAGCUACGCGACAUCAACGAUAAUAAGCCCCACUUUGAACGAGCCAAUGUGGAAGUCUCAGUAUUUGAGGACACCAAAGUGGGCACUGAGUUGGAGAAAUUCAAGGCCACCGAUCCAGAUCAGGGUGGCAAGAGUAAAGUCUCCUAUUCGAUUGAUCGUUCAUCGGAUCGCCAGCGACAAUUUGCCAUCAAUCAGAAUGGUUCAGUCACUAUACAACGUUCUCUGGAUCGUGAGGUAGUCCCUCGUCAUCAAGUGAAGAUUUUGGCCAUUGACGAUGGAAGUCCACCAAAAACAGCCACCGCUACUUUGACUGUCAUUGUGCAGGAUAUCAAUGAUAAUGCACCCAAAUUCCUUAAGGACUAUAGACCUGUUCUACCCGAACAUGUGCCACCUCGUAAAGUUGUUGAAAUUCUGGCCACCGAUGAUGAUGAUCGUUCCAAGAGCAAUGGACCACCCUUCCAAUUCCGUUUGGAUCCCAGUGCCGAUGAUAUCAUACGAGCUUCCUUCAAAGUCGAACAAGAUCAAAAGGGUGCGAACGGCGAUGGCAUGGCCGUCAUUUCAUCUCUGCGUUCCUUUGAUCGGGAGCAACAAAAGGAGUAUAUGAUUCCAAUUGUUAUCAAGGAUCAUGGCUCACCAGCCAUGACAGGCACCAGCACUCUGACUGUGAUCAUUGGUGAUGUGAAUGAUAAUAAAAUGCAGCCCGGUUCCAAGGAAAUAUUUGUCUACAAUUAUCAAGGACAGUCGCCAGAUACAACCAUUGGUCGGGUCUAUGUCUAUGAUUUGGAUGAUUGGGAUUUGCCUGAUAAGAAAUUCUAUUGGGAAGCCCUUGAACAUCCUCGUUUCCGUUUGGAUGAAGACUCUGGCAUGGUUACCAUGCGAGCAGGCACUCGUGAGGGUCGCUAUCAUUUGAGAUUCAAGGUCUAUGACCGUAAGCACACUCAGACCGAUGUUCCGGCUAAUGUUACCGUGACAGUACGAGAAAUUCCCCAUGAGGCGGUAAUCAAUUCGGGAUCGGUGCGUCUCUCAGGUAUCUCAGAUGAGGAUUUCAUACGCGUAUGGAAUUACCGCACUCAAAGUAUGAGUCGCUCGAAAAUGGAUCGUUUCCGUGACAAAUUGGCCGAUCUCUUAAAUACGGAACGUGAAAAUGUUGAUAUAUUCAGCGUCCAAUUGAAACGCCGUCAUCCCCCACUCACAGAUGUUAGGUUUUCCGCUCAUGGUUCACCUUAUUAUAAGCCCGUGCGUCUAAAUGGCAUUGUGCUAAUGCAUCGUGAGGAGAUUGAGAAGGAUGUGGGCAUCAAUAUCACAAUGGUUGGCAUUGAUGAAUGUCUCUAUGAAAACCAAAUGUGUGAGGGCAGCUGCACCAAUGCCUUGGAAAUUAGCAGCUUACCCUAUAUGGUUAAUGCCAAUAAGACGGCUUUGGUUGGUGUCCGAGUGGACACAUUGGCGGAUUGUACUUGUGGUGCCAGAAACUUCACCAAGCCCGAGUCAUGUCGCUCUUCGCCUUGUCACAAUGGUGGUCGUUGUAUGGACACUCGUUUUGGACCGCAUUGCUCUUGCCCGGUGGGUUAUACCGGACCCAGAUGUCAACAGACAACACGCAGCUUCCGCGGCAAUGGAUGGGCUUGGUAUCCUCCGCUUGAAAUGUGCGAUGAAUCUCAUUUAAGUCUGGAGUUCAUUACACGUAAACCUGAUGGUCUGAUUAUCUACAAUGGACCCAUUGUUCCACCUGAACGCGAUGAGAUGUUGAUAUCGGACUUUAUUGCUCUGGAAUUGGAACGUGGUUAUCCUAGAUUAUUGAUUGAUUUUGGCUCUGGGACUUUGGAGUUGCGCGUAAAAACCAAGAAGACUUUGGAUGACGGCGAAUGGCAUCGCAUCGAUUUGUUUUGGGAUACUGAGACGAUACGAAUGGUGGUUGACUUCUGCAAAUCAGCUGAGAUUAGUGAAAUGGAAGAUGGCACUCCGCCAGAAUUCGAUGAUAUGUCCUGCCAGGCUAGGGGACAAAUUCCACCCUUCAAUGAGUACUUGAAUGUGAAUGCUCCGCUUCAAGUUGGUGGUCUGUAUCGUGAGCAGUUUGAUCAGAGUCUGUACUUCUGGCACUACAUGCCAACGGCAAAGGGUUUCGAUGGUUGUAUUAGGAACUUGGUCCACAAUUCCAAAUUGUACGAUCUGGCCCAUCCUGGACUAUCGCGAAACAGUGUGGCCGGCUGCCCUCAAACCGAAGAAGUUUGCGCUCAAACAGAGACCACUGCCCGCUGUUGGGAGCAUGGAAAUUGCGUGGGCUCCUUGUCCGAGGCCCGUUGCCAUUGCCGCCCAGGUUGGACUGGACCCGCUUGCAACAUACCCACCAUUCCAACCACCUUCAAGGCCCAGAGUUAUGUGAAAUAUGCCUUGAGUUUCGAACCCGAUCGUUUUAGUACACAAGUGCAGUUACGUUUCCGCACCCGUGAGGAAUACGGUGAAUUGUUCCGUGUCAGUGAUCAGCAUAAUCGAGAAUAUGGAAUAUUGGAAAUUAAGGAUGGUUAUUUGCAUUUCCGCUACAAUUUAAAUUCAUUGCGCACUGAGGAGAAGGACCUUUGGCUGAAUGCUAUCACUGUUAACGAUGGCCAAUGGCAUGUUGUUAGGGUGAAUCGUUAUGGUUCUGCAGCCACUCUGGAAUUGGAUGGCGGUGAGGGACGACGUUACAACGAAACAUUUGAGUUUGUGGGUCAUCAAUGGCUGUUGGUCGACAAGCAGGAAGGAGUCUAUGCUGGCGGCAAGGCAGAGUAUACAGGAGUGCGCACUUUUGAGGUCUAUGCGGAUUAUCAGAAGAGUUGUCUUGAUGACAUACGUCUCGAGGGCAAACAUUUACCUCUACCACCAGCCAUGAAUGGCACUCAAUGGGGUCAGGCUACCAUGGCUAGAAAUCUGGAGAAGGGCUGUCCAUCGAAUAAGCCCUGCUCGAAUGUCAUUUGCCCAGAUCCAUUUGAGUGUGUUGAUCUUUGGAAUGUCUAUGAGUGCACUUGUGGCGAAGGAAGGAUCAUGUCACCCGAUUCGAAGGGUUGCAUGGAUCGUAAUGAGUGCCUAGAUCUGCCCUGCUUGAAUGGCGCCACUUGUAUUAAUCUUGAGCCGCGAUUGCGUUAUCGUUGUAUAUGUCCCGAUGGUUUUUGGGGCGAGAAUUGUGAACUGGUGCAAGAGGGUCAGACCCUUAAACUGAGCAUGGGAGCCUUGGCGGCCAUAUUGGUUUGCCUAUUGAUCAUACUGAUACUCGUCCUUGUAUUUGUCGUCUACAAUCGGCGACGUGAAGCCCAUAUCAAGUAUCCUGGACCCGAUGACGAUGUACGCGAAAACAUUAUCAACUAUGAUGAUGAGGGCGGCGGUGAGGAUGAUAUGACCGCAUUCGAUAUUACACCACUGCAGAUACCCAUCGGUGGUCCCAUGCCACCAGAAUUGGCUCCAAUGAAAAUGCCAAUUAUGUACCCCGUGAUGACACUAAUGCCUGGCCAAGAGCCCAAUGUGGGCAUGUUCAUUGAAGAGCAUAAAAAGCGGGCCGAUGGCGAUCCAAAUGCACCGCCAUUCGAUGAUUUGCGUAAUUAUGCCUAUGAAGGUGGCGGUAGCACAGCUGGUUCGCUUAGUUCUCUGGCAUCGGGUACCGAUGAUGAACAACAGGAAUAUGACUAUCUUGGGGCCUGGGGGCCACGUUUCGAUAAGCUGGCCAAUAUGUAUGGGCCAGAAGCGCCCAAUCCCCAUAAUACCGAACUAGAAUUGUAAGUUGCGAAAACUAAAAACUGAGAGUUGCAUUUAAAACAAAAAA